CUCCUACCCAGGGACACCUCUAUAUAAGACGAUGCCAAAUAUGCCGCCAGUCAAUGCACACUCUUUCAGCUUCUAGUAGCCCAACAUCUCUUGACUUUUGAGAAAAAUGGCUUUUGACCUUGCAGCUGCGGCGGCGGCGGUGCCAUGGAGCUACCUCCUGUACGGGCUCACGGGCUCUGCGCUCCUGUGGCAGGCCCGCCUGCUGCUGGACCGGCUGUGGUGGCGCCCGCGGCGGCUGGAGAGGACGCUGCGCGCGCAGGGCGUCGGCGGCACGCCGUACCGCUUCCUCAUGGGCGACCUCAAGGACUUCGGCCGGCUCAACGACGAGGCCUGGUCCAAGCCAUUGCCGCUGCGCUGCCACGACAUCGUCCCCCGCGUCAUCCCGUUCCUCCACAACAACGUCCGGGACAACGGCAAGCCGUGCUUCUCUUGGUUCGGGCCGGUGGCCAACGUGGCCAUCACUGACCCCGAGCUUAUCAAGGACGUGCUGUCCAACAAGUUUGGCCACUUCGAGAAGCCGCAGUUCCCGGCUCUCACCAAGCUGCUCGCCAACGGCCUGACGACCCAUGAGGGAGAGAAAUGGGUCAAGCACAGGAGGAUCCUCAAUCCCGCGUUCCAUCUUGAGAAGCUCAAGCUCAUGCUACCGGCUUUUUCUGCGAGCUGUGAAGAGCUUGUCACCAGAUGGAAGGAGUUGCAUGGUUCUGGCGGAUCGUGCGAGGUGGAUGUGUGGCCGGAGCUCCAGAACCUCACCGGGGAUGUCAUUUCCCGCACAGCUUUCGGUAGCAGUUAUCUCGAAGGAAGGCGGAUAUUCCAACUGCAGUCCGAGCAAGCUAAGCUCUUUGUUGGUGCAGUCCAGAGGAUUAUUAUUCCGGGUUACCUAUUGUUGCCAACCAAGAACAAUCUGAAGAUGCGCAAAAACAACAAGGAGGUUGAAUCAAUUUUACAAGGUCUAAUCAAUAAAAGAAUGCGAGCUAUGGAAGAAGGUGAAAAAUCCGAAAAUGAUCUACUAGGCCUGUUGCUAGAGUCGAAUAUGAAGGACGUGGACGAGAAUGGCCAACCUAGCCAAGGAAUGGCAAUGGAAGAUGUCAUCGAGGAGUGCAAACUAUUCUACUUGGCAGGAAUGGAGACAACGUCGGUGCUGCUCACAUGGACAAUGAUUGUACUAAGCAUGCAUCCGGAGUGGCAAGACCUUGCGAGGGAGGAGGUCCUAGGUUUAUUUAGGAAGAACAAACCCGAGUACGAGGGCCUUAGCCGACUCAAAACGGUGACCAUGAUCCUUCACGAGGUUCUUCGGUUGUAUCCAUCAGCUACAGUUUUUAGCCGGAAAACAUAUAAGGAUAUGGAUAUAGGAGGUGUCAGAUACCCAUCGGGUGUGUUCAUUGAGGUGCCAGUUCUAUUCAUCAAUCAUGAUCCAGACAUAUGGGGGAGUGAUGUCAAUGAGUUCAAACCAGACCGAUUUGCCCAGGGGAUUUCCAAGGCAUCCAAGCAUCCAGGCGCCUUCUUGUCAUUUGGUUGGGGGCCACGGGUGUGCAUCGGCCAGAACUUUGCAAUGCUCGAAGCCAAGAUGGCGCUAAGCAUGAUCCUUCAGCAUUUCGAGUUUGAGCUCGCGCCAUCAUAUACGCAUGCACCUCAUACCGUGAUGACAUUGCAACCGAUGCAUGGUGCGCAAAUUAAGAUCAGAGCUAUCUGACUAGGUACACAUUUAAGCCAAUAUUUGGUUGUUCUUAAUUAUCGGUGUAAACAAUUUUGGCUUUUGUAAGAUGAACUCUGUAUUUUAACUAUUCGGGUAAACAAUAUAGGUUUGUGUAAGAUAAUCUAUGCAUUUGAAUUAUCUGUAAACAAUGUUAGUUUGUGUAAGAUGAAUUAUGUAUGAGUGAAUAAAAAUGUUGUCAUAAUGUAUUGG